ACUUGGAGAUUAGAUAUUCCCAGGCUGCCUCAACUGGCUGUUGGCAUGGGAUCAGUCAAAAAGUACCGCACAGGGCCAUGGAAUGGAGUUUGAUUUAAUGGUGUACCAGUGUUUCCCAAUGAGGAGGUCUAUUUACCAUUAAUGAUUUUUAAUGAGGAGAAUGUAUAUAACUUGUCUCAGGCUGGCAGCUACUCUGCUACUCUGAGAGUCACCAUCAAUCAUUUAGGCUUGCUGCAAUGGAAUACAUUGAAUGAAAGCAAUGACGAGUGGACUACUAUGUACACAGUACCAUAUGACCCAUGUGACAACUAUGGACAGUGUCGUGCUAAUGGCAUUUGCAGGCUUUCCAGCAUGCCAGUCUGUGAGAGUUUGAAGGGGUUCACCCCCAACUCAAAAGGAGAAUGGGAAAUGCUUGAUUGGUCUAGUGAAUGCGAAAGGGCAGGGUCCUUGGAUUGCAAGAGCAAAGAUGACCUUAUGAAGGUCUUAGGGGUGAAAUUGACUGACUUGUUGGAGUUUCGGUUGAACAAGAGUAUGAGCCUCAAGGAAUGUGAGGCAGAGUGCUUGAAGAACUGCUCCUGUGUGGCGUAUGCGAAUUCAAACAUUAAAGGUGGAAGCAGUGGUUGUUUGACCUGGUAUGGAGAUCUGAUUGAUAUUAGAGGGUUCACAGAUGGGAAAAGUGGGCAAGACCUUUAUACCAGAUGUCCAGCUGGGGAACUAGGGUCAAUCCAUGGUUCGCAUAAGAAGAAAAAACUGGUUGUUGUCCUAGUUGCAUUGACCAUUUCUGGAAUGCUAAUCUUGGGCUUGGUGUUCUGGUGCAUAAAAAGGAAAAAAAUUGAGAUUAAAACAGAAGAGCGUUAUUGCCAUGGAAAAAGCGCUUUGACAUUGUUAUGGGGAUCGUGCAAGGACUUGUUUAUCUCCACCAAGAUUCUAGACUUCAAAUCAUUCAUAGGGAUCUCAAGGCAAGCAAUAUACUGAUAGAUGAAAACCUGAACCCCAAAAUUUCAGACUAUGGCUUGGCAAUAAUUUUUGGAGGGGGAUGAAAUGGAAGCAAAAACAGAGUAAUUGGAACAUAGUAAGUUCUGUGCUUCUACUUUAGAAAUGAUGUGCUUUUCCUUGAAAUAACUUAUAUUUGAAAUCUUCAUGCAGUGGCUACACAUCCCCAGAGUAUGUGAUUGAUUGCAAAUUUUCUGUUAAAUUUGAUAUCUUUAGUUUUGGUGUGCUUCUGCUGGAGAUUGUGGCUGGUAUAAAGAACAGGGGGUUCUAUCAUUCAAACUACCACCAUAAUCUUCUGGGACAUGCAAGUAGAAAGAAUGAAAAUCCACCUCUGUCACACACACACAUCAAAGACGCAUGCCCUCUCUUGCUUUUCUGACAAAGUAUAUGGCUUCCAAUUGCUUUAGACAUGGUUGCUUUGGAAACAAGACAAGGCCUUGGAAGUAAUGGAUGCAUGUUUGGAGGACUCAUGUAUUGAAUCCCAGCUACUAAGAUGCAUACAAGUCGGUUUAUUAUGUGUUGAAAACCUCCCAGCAGAUAGACCAGCUAUGUCAUCUGUUUUUUUCACGUUGGGUAAUGAGGGAGCAACACUUCCUUAACCUAAACAUCCUGGUUUCUUCCCAGAAAUAAGUAAGAUCGAUAUAGAUGCAACAACAGGACGUGAAGAGUUACCUUCAGAAAAUGUAGUAACCAUCUCAGUGCCAGAAGGUAGAUAAAGGAUUCAAGCACUGUGUCAGCAUGUGCAGGGUGCAUCCAAGGUUUAAUUCAUGUAGGAUAUAGCACUAGGCUCUUCAAUGGAUGGACACCAAUUUCCUUAAGGUUGCAAAACUAGAUUACAGCUUGGCCCCAAGGAGGCCAAGGUGUUGGAUUUACUGCACUAGAACCAUAUCUGCUGAGCUUCAUAAUCCUCUAAAUGUAUGAAUAAAAUGUGCUAGAGCGUGUCCUCUAUGGCAGCUCAGGGCAGUGUGACUUGUAACUUAAAACUCACUAGUACAACUUUUGAAAUUCAUAUUUUCACAGGAUCAAGUUGGGUAUAUGCACA